GCAAGGCACAGUUCCUAACAGGGCCAUUUUACUACCAAAUUCAAAGCUAAAGAUAUCUAUGAUAAAAAAUAAAUUUUGCCAAACAUCUCGUUUUCAAGAGUUGAGACAAUCAUUAUCAGAGCUUCAAAAAGAAUCAACCAGCAUAGAUAUGACCAACGAGUUUGCAAAAUAUGCAAGACUGCAGAGGAAAAUAAUCAAAGUACAAGAGGAAUUGAAAAAAGAAGUGUCAGUUCACAAAGAGGAGGAAAUGAAAAACAAACUGAUAUUACGCAUAGUUGUGGGCCUGGUGUGUAUCGUGAUGGUGUACACGUACAAUUCACAACCUGUGGUACAGUUAGACCCAGACUGGGUGUAUCCAGUAGGCAGUGUUCUGUGUUGGCCGGGUGGACAACUAGGUUCUAUCAGUUUUAUGGUUUGGUGUGCCAUUUCCAACUCUGUCAUACGGACGUUCUCUUGAUGUUUUGUAACUGAUUAAUUUAUUUGCAUGUGUAAAUUGUUAUUAUUAUUGUUAUGCUGUUUUACAAAAUAAAAUAUUUUUAGAUCGA